AACACACAUACAGAGUUUACAGACGACCACCACGGCCUGGCCCGUCAUCGUCGUCAAUCAGUCCUGCUCCUGGCCGUGUUCCAUGCAGUACCAAGUGGGCGUGGAUUGCCCCGGGAUUGGCCAUUGAGGGCGUGCCGUUCCGACCCAGUGCUAGGCCAGAGGGGGGUCCGCAGGAUGAGCCGGAUUGGCGUCUGAGUGGCCAUGUUGCAACAUCAACGCGUUUUCGCCCUCUCGGCCGUGGCUCAAUGCCCCGCUCGAGCGGGUCGCACCGAGCUGGGAGGCGUGGCGGCCACGCCCGAUGGAUCGCACGCCCUUUUGGUAGGGGCGGCGGGGUCCGAGCCGGCCCUGUGGUCGUUGGAACGCACCACGGCCCCGAUUCAAUGGAUACUUCAGGGCGUGACUUGGUUUGACAAUGAGGAUUUGCGUCCGCAGUGCGUGGCCUUGAGUCCGGGCUUGGAUUUUGCCGUUGUGGCCGCACGAUUAGGCCGCAUCUUGGUCUGUCCGACCCGGGCUUUGUGGUUGGAACCGCCUUCCAAUCUGGUGAAGGACGCCAAUUAUCGUGAGUGGAACAAGGGCUCUUUGACCCGCGUGACACAAAGCGCGGCCGUCGAAGCCCAAUGCGCUCAACCCCGAUGUAUCCUAUGGUGGACCACGCAAGAUUUCCAAUCCGUCGCCAUCCUGGGCACGGCUCAAGGACAUCUGAUCUCGUUGGACCUGGUCACCGGGCAAGUGAUUCGGGAGACCAAAGUCUGUUCGCUACCCUUGGUGCAACUAGAAGUGAUGACGGACAGUGCGUUGGAUUGCUCCUAUCUCUUUGUCACAUCGAGUGGGGGAACCCAAUGGCGUUUGAAGCUGGAGCAGCGCUCCACGGGCUACAUUUGGUGCUGCAGUAGCACCACCGAAGCUGAAGCAGAGCCCAAGCCCUCGUCAGUUCUGGAGUAUCGGUCCCGGUUGUCGGGAUUGAAACAGAUGUCUGCCGCCGGAUUAGCGAGUUUGCGGCAAAGGCUCAACGAGGGACGGAAGUUGUUGGACCGCCGGGUCUCGAACCCGAGUUCAUCGGGCUCGGGCGGUGGAAUCGAAGUGGCGGAGGAGGCCACGGAACUGGGUGGCAUUUUGAAUAUCUCUCACGGUCGCUUGGAGUCCUUAGCCGCCAAGAUCGGCGACACUCGGGUCAGUGUGCAAGUGUCGCCGAAAAACGGCCCGGAUCCGAUCCUGGCGGGCGUAUUCCCGGACACUGCGAUCUUGACAUUUCACAAUUGUGAGCUGGAGGUGUUGCCACAAACCGCUUUCAAGCUACCCCGAGGCACGGAGCGACUCCUGAUUCAAAACGGGAUCAUUCUCGUGUCCACGACAUACAGUUCCAAUCUCACCAACGGGCACAAUGCGGCCAGUCCGAAUCAACGAGGACAUCUGCACAUCGUGUCAUCCCAUUACGCCGAGCUUCAUCUAGACAACAAUUCAAAUGCCAAGCCCGAUGCCGUGCUCCAAUCAUUCUCACUUGAGUACGGCGAGAUGGUGUUGGACAUGGUGCCAUUAUUGCUCCCCACGAAAUCCAGUGAGAGUGGGUCGACCGAGUCGGGAGAAGAAUCUAGUCAAUCGGGCCAGUCUCCCAAUUCCGGGGGCGACUCCUUGUCCUCUCCGGAAACACUGGGAUCCAGCUCCAAUUCUAAGUCUCAAGCAGCCGACCAGUUUGGUAAACGAGUUCGCCUCCGAGUGGCUGAAGUGACUGCCAGAGGCCAAUCCUUGUUCGAAUCGUGCUUGAUCGUGACCAAUCGAGGUGUGUACGUCCUCACAUUGGACGUAGAUCCCAUUACUACGUUUAUGGACUUGGCCAUUCGAGGGGGUGAAGAUCGGAAGGCCGAGUUCUUGGCUCGAACGUUUGGCUUGGAUGACAAGGAGUUGUACGAGUUGGUGGCUGACCUAAGACUGACUGAGGGUGACUUUUCCCAAGCCUUUGCUCUCUAUCAGCAGGCCGAGUGCAAGUACCUGAAGGUUGCCCUCAAAUUUUCGGCCGCUGGACACUUGAAGAUGUUGGGCCUUCACUAUGUGCUUCAAUCCAAGCCCAAAUUAACCCCGGCCGAGUUGAUCCAUCUGUCCAAUCUCGCGCUUAUGUCGUGCUUCCAACAAGUGCUCACCAAGAGCACAUUUGAGUCCAGGGCCGAGUUCCAUAGCCGCAUCCGAGAUUUCGUGGAUGAGAACAAAGGGUUUGACGAAUGCUUGGCCGUGAGAAUGGCCACAGAAACCCGAGAAUGGGAACUCCUCAAUCACAUCAGCCGCUCCCGGAGUGUUCAUUUCGAGAUGAUCGAAUCGAUCGUGUGCACUCUCUUGGGACGUGGAACAGCUUUGGAGUCUCGAGACGAGAUCGAGGCGGCCACAGCCAAAGUGAGCCGAGCCUUGGAGACAAUGCCUCUGGUUGAACUGAACGGAUUGCUAACGUGUCUCCUUGCUCCCACCAACAUCGAGAGCGUCAUGUCGAAUCACGACUUGUCCUGGCGACUGCUUCUCGUGCUCUGGAGCGCCAGUUCGUUCUUGGCGCAAGAAGUGAUUCAAAACCUGUACAAACAAUGUUGCCCCGCCAACAGUGGAUUAAGACCGUUGUAUUUAGCCCUCUUGGGCGCACAGGAGGAUUCCUCGAUGGGUGACAACCACGCCAAGACGAGGCGAGAUGUGGCGUGUCGUCUUGUGACCUUGUUCACCAAUGCCACCCUGGCCAUCCUGAAAGGCCAAGGGUGGAACCAAAACUGUGAUAGUGUUCCAAAAAGAUAUCUAGACGAUGUGUCUGUGAAGACCCAGUUGAACGACCCCGAUCAAGAUUGGGACGAGCAAGUGCGCACGAGCCAUUGCACAAGGCACAGACAAAUCAUUGCCGGUGGCUCCAAACACGUCCUUCUGCAAAGAAAAGGCUCAGUCAUGACUUGGGGUAUGACGGCCUUUGGAGUCCUCGGCCAUGGAGCGUCGGCAUCGAGAUUCUCCACUCCCAAGGAAGUAGUGUUCUUCUCGGCCUCCCAAAUCAGUGUCUUCUCUGUGGCUUGUGGGCGGGCGCAUUCCAUGGCUUUGACCUCAUGCGGCUUGUAUGUUUGGGGGUCUUCCAAGCAAGGUCAAUUGGGUCUGGGCGCUCAAAGACUUUGCGAGCAAAGGCCCGCUCUAGUGAAGGCCUUGGCCGAUGUGGCUCUGAUUCAAAUUGCCGCCGGACAAUACCAUUCUGUCGCGUUGAGCAUCAAAGGCCAAGUGUGGGCGUGGGGUUGGGGCGUCCAUGGCCAAUUGGGCACAGGCAGCAUCGAGGACGAGUUUGUGCCAGUCAGAAUCUUCAAGAAGAAAUCUCAGCCCGUGUGCCAAAUCGCCACGGGCUACGCUCACACAAUGUUGUUGACCACUAAAGGUGAGGUUUGGGUCUUCGGUUGCUCCCUUUUUGGUCAGUUGGGAAAUGGUGCUAACAAGAAGCAAAUGGUGCCAGUGAAAGUGGACGGAUUCGCUGGACCAAUUCGCUUGAUCUCAUCGGGAUUUUUCCACUCCUAUGCGGUGACUGAACGGGACCGAAUCUACACAUGGGGCUGCAACCCACAAAUUCUGAGACUAGAGGCUCAACAGAAGAAGAAGGAGCGGAUUCAAGCCAUUCAAGAACGGAAGAAACAACAAGCCUUGGCUGAAAUGGACCGAGACGAGGCAGAGGAACGAGGCGAAUGUCCCGACAAGGAAAGGCCCUUGAUCCAGCCCUUGGGCGAAAUCAAGAAUAUACAAACCAAUGGGAGUCUAUUAGAGCCUAAAGUUCCUGAAAAGAAAAAGUCUGAGCCUGAUGAGAUGCUUCACCUGGUGCCUGGAGAGUUCUUCGCGCCCAACCUUAAUGGAAGGGUCAAGGAGAUUGCUUGUGGCAAUCAACACACCUUGUUUCUCUCGGAUAGAGGCAAGGUGUACGCCUAUGGCAAGAACAUGGACGGUCAAUUGGGAAUCAAUUCCCGGAAAGAAGCCAAAGAGCCCACCCUGAUCGAUGCCUUCCAUGACGACUUCAUUGUCCACGUGGCUUGUGGCAUUGAUUUCUCCCUGGCUGUGAGCGACUCUGGGUCGGUUUUUGCUUGGGGCAAUAAUGGAGGAGCUCAAUUGGGCAAAUUGCCACUGAGUGAGAACCCCGAGAUCUCCAGCAAAUUGGUGGUGAUGAAAAAUUCCACGCGGAUUGUGCGCCUACCCAACAAUCUCGUGAACUCUUGUGAUAUUCCAAAACCGGUGAACGGUAUCACGGAGGGCGUUUACUCCAAUGAGAUUCUUAGCAUCCACGAUGCGAAGGACCAAAUCGAGAGUGACGUCCGGACAUUCUUCCAAAACAUGAAUUGCUUUAAAAAGGUCUUCCCGGGAAACCUAGUCCACGAGGACGAACAACCAAGCUCAAAGGACGUCGAGACCAUGCUCCAUCUCACCUUGGAGACCUUCCAUCAGCACCUGGAUACCAAGAAACUCAUCAAAAACGCCCUGAUUUACGAUAACGCACCCGCCGCGUCCAAACUAAGCCUUCUCAAGGGGAACCUCCUCCAGGCGUUUGAUUUCAGUCUUCAAGCCAUCGUAAAGGGGAGUCUCAGUCAAGGUGACACAAUGAGCGUCAUGGGCGAUCACAUCUUCAACGCCUUGUUAUUCUAUCUCAAAGAGACCCAGGCUCGAUUCCAGCUCUCGGCCGAUCUGAGCCAAGAUGACAGUAACACGGAUUCGGAGAUCCGUCGGCAACUUGUGGAGCGUUUGGUGGCCUGUUGGCAAGACCAAAAGUUAAGUUUCGUCCAUUUGGAGACGCUCUUCCUCGGCCAUGCCAAUGCUCUGCUCCUGCAAACGUUGGUAUUGACCUUGUUCUGUCCUAGUGACGAGCGUCAAACUGACCGUGGACCCGUGAUGAACGAAGAGUCCGGGCCUAAACUGGUCGAUCUGUUCACUCCCGAGUUCUGCUUGAGAAUUGGAGACACGUUUGUGAAGGAGUUCAAGGAGAGCAGUGUGAGAUCGGGGGACGAGGAAACCCACCGAAAAGCCUCGAUUGUGGCAGACAACUGGCUCAGUAGUCAGAGGGGAUUGGCUCUAUCGGACCUGGAGCAGGAUUGAGAUGUUUGACAUGCCCUCGGAAUUUACUUUCUGCUAUGUUUGACACUGAGGAAAAAAUCUUCGAUUUACCCUCCUACUUAGGCGUCAUUGUGAUCUUUCCUCGAUUGGAUCGAUUUCUCUCUCCCCCAUCGAAAGCCAUGACAAAUAUCGUAUUAAACACAUUAUAUAUAAACCCUAUAUGAACCAACCCUGUCUCCAAAGUUGAAUGUUACUUUAAAUCUGAAGAAGAACAAUUCCUUCCUAGCUCUCCUCCCAAUUUGGAUAUGGCCUCAUUUCCAAGGUUAAGAAAAAUAAAUCUGUUGAUCAAUAGCGUG